UCCAUUGAUUUCACAGCUGAUUCAUGUUUGUUUGUUUUUUGUAUUUUUCAUUUGAAUUUUCAGUUUGGUUCCAUGUCAUGUCCAAUUGAGAAUGCGAUCUAAUCAUUUGUUCGAUAAAAUUCCAAAAGGUAUCGAUGCUAUUAUAUUCUGUGAAUUUGAUGUCCAUCUUGGUCCAGUACUCAAACAUCAGUAUCCGGAAAAUUAUGUCACCAAAGAAACAUUUGAAUCAUUGAGCGUUUAUUUAAUACCUAAACCUGAACUUUAUGGAAAAUUGAUUACAAUAACGGCAUAUGGAAUGAAAAUUCUUGGCUAUCCAGUCAGCAUAACCGAUGCCAAAUAUCAACGUAAUCAACUGAUAUUCAAUCUUUGUUUUGUAUUCUCACAUUUUACGAGUACAACACAAUAUGAACCUAUCAUACAUAAAUUAGCCCAUUAUCUUAUCGAUCUGGAAGCUGAAAUGGGUUUCAUUUCGAAAAAAGAUAUCGGUCCAAAACUAUCGAACUAUCUGGUUACAAUUAGAGAUGAUUUAAACGCAUCCGGUAUUUGUACGAUUAAAAUUUCACUGUCAACGACCAUACAUUUAAAAUUGACAAAAGUUCAAACGAAUCCACGUCAAGUGGAAGAUUAUCAUGUACCCAUAUUGAAUUCAAAUCAUUUUAAUACCAAAAAUAUUUGCCAAUGGGAUUUAACUACGCAACAGAUAUAUUAUUACAUUGAUGGUGUGAAUCAUGUUUCAAAGAUUGCAUUCAUGGCCGAUGUUGACAUCAAUCUGGUGAAAGCUUGUAUACAAAAUCUUAUCUAUUAUGGUCUUGUAUCAUUGGUGCCAAUUUUUCUUUAUUCAAAUGUCUAUGUAACUACGCCUAAAAUUCGAUUAUUACUUGAAAAUCCUAUGCUUAGAGAUGAAUGUCUUCGUGAAAUACGUAAAGAUGGUUCCAUUGUUGAACCAUCGUUGAAAAAAAUCCUACAACUUUAUAGUAAUAUGUGUCCAGGAAUGACUGUUAAAGAUUUAUGUCAACGAUUCGUUCCACAUUCGAAUGGUAUUGAUGAACAAAAAUUGGUAAAAUUUGGCAUAAUGAAAGGCAUUAUAAGACGAAUACAGAAAUAUCCUAUCCAAUUGAAUGAACCGAUUGAAGAGGAAUCGGAUCCGUAUGCCAGAGUUAAUUCACCAACGUUAACACAAUCAUUGAUGAUGAAUCGUUCAACAUCUUCACCACAAUCAAAUACAUCUACUGUACAUUAUUCAAAAGAUAUCUAUACAUAUUUCGAUGGUAAACAUUCGUAUGAUCAACUUUGUUGUGAAUUUAAUCGUACAUAUCAGGAAAUUGAAAAUAAAGUGGAAAAAAAUCCGGCAGUAGUUGUAUGUUGGAAAUAAUAUAAAUAAAUAAAGUUCAUAUUUU